AUGAAGAAGAUGAUGGGCCACGUGCUGUGCUUACUGGCUCUCAUACUGUACUGUGUUUGUGGAUGCGUGAUGGCUAGUUAUGAUAAUAUGCAGCCUCCAUUUCUUGGUGGUCCUGGUGGGAUUCUUCAGCCUGUUGUGCCUGGUGGUAUUCAUCGUAAUCCUGGUAUUCCUGGAGCUGUUAAUCCUCCUCAUCCUCCUCUUCCUGGUGGUUCUCAUGGUGCUGGUAGAUCUCCUCUUCAGUCUCCUGUUGGUCCUCUUGCCGCACAACAUGGGCCUCACUCGACCUUUGCUGCUCAUCGAGAUCCUUGUGCUAAUCCUGGUGUGUCUUGUCCUGGUGGUGUUCCUGGUAUGGUUGGUCCUGUUCCUGGUGCUAAAGGUUUCCCAAAGACAAUUCCCCCUCAGUUACUUCCUCAGCAUAAACCUGGUCCUGCUGGUGCUGUCGGUUCUCAUGAUGCUUAUGGUAUGCCUCUUUCACCUCACCUUAAUGGUGGUAAUAUUCUGCCAGGAGUUGUUGUUGGUCAACGUGUUGUGCCUCCUGUGACUAAUAAACAUGAGAAACAUCCUGACGAAUCUAAGGGUAUUACUAAAGGUGAUAAUGGCAAUGUUGUUACUGAGAAGGAAGAGGACAAGAUGGCAAAAGUGGUGGAAGGAGAAUUGGGCGACAGUUCACAAGGUCAUGGUCGUGGGAAUAAACGUCAACCAGAAACUGUCCUAUCUCUUGUUUCUCCUGUAAAAGAUCACAGUGGCGAUAAAACGGAUGUGGUGUCUGAACAAGCAAAGAAUACGCAGAAUCAGACGCUACCCAGUGAGUCA